ACGGAGUGUUCAGGUGUCAGGGAGGCUGAAUACAUAAGAACUGAGUAUGUGAUCACCUGGGAAUCCCAAAACUCUCUAUAGGGGUUAGGCACUAGAGGCUGAUUUUCUGCCAACUGGGAGGGUAAAUCCCUCAUCUCUCCAGUGACAGACAUGGCGAGGAAUUCGACAAACACCACCGCGGCCACCACCAUAUACGCUACAACCACCAAGGAGCCUGAAUCCUGGAUCGACAGCAUCUUGAACCAAAUCCCCUUGCCCCGAUGGGCUAUUUAUGCACUGGCCGGCUUGGCCCUAUUCAUCAUCCUCCUCUUUAUUAUCUGCAUUUGUUGCUGCUGCUGCAAAAGUAAGAAAAACAAGAAGAAGAAAGAUAAAAAAAUCGACAUGGAUAAAGUGCCGGGUAACUUAACCACGCAUCUGGUUCAGCCUGGAGCAGGGAACUUGCAGAAAGGAGAGAAGGUGGAAUAUCGGGGCCGAGUGCAGUACUCACUGGAAUACAAUUUCCAGACGGAGGAGCUCACCGUCGGGGUUAAGCAAGCAGCUGCUCUAAAAGCGAUGGACCUUGGGGGGACAUCAGACCCUUAUGCCAUAGUAUACGUGACCAAUGAUACUCGGAAGAAAUUCGAGACCAAAGUGAAUCGCAAGACACUGAAUCCUGUGUUUAACGAGUCUUUCGUCUUCAAGGUAACUCAAGAAGAGGUCCCCAGGACAACAGCUGUGGUGCAAAUCUUUGACUUCAACCGCUUCUUGAAGCAUGAUGUGAUCGGAGAGAUGGUCAUACCCCUGGGAGAAGUGAAUUUACAGCAUGUAAUAGAGGACUGGAAAGAUCUGGGCCCUGCUGGGAAGACCGAGGUACACUAGGCUGUGUGUACAGCUACAUAAAUGUAACCUGGAGAUCAUGAAUAGUAGAUUAGUAAUGAUCGGCUUCCAUACAGAGUCAGACUGGGGUGCCAAGAGCUCACCAGAAGACCUUAGACCACAAAUCCACCAUCCAAAAUGUUUUUGCUCCUCUCCUCACUCACCUUCUUCUUAAAAAAAUAAUUUAACUGUGUUUUGCUUUAAAAAAACAACUGAUAAUUACUCAUUUUGACUCUGCAGCAUGAGCACUUGGGAGAUAUUUGCUUCUCUUUGAGAUAUGUGCCUAGCAGUGGGAAACUCACAAUCAUAAUUCUAGAGGCAAAGAACCUUAAGAGGAUGGACUCCGAUGGAUUCUCAGAUCCAUAUGUGAAAGUUCACCUGGCCCUAAACAGAAAAAAAUGGAAGCGGAAAAAGACAGCAGUGAAAAAGAGCACUCUGAAGCCAUAUUUCAAUGAAUCCUUUACUUUUGAUGUGUCACUGGAACAAAUGAAGAAUCUAGACCUGAUCAUAUCUGUGUGGGAUCACGACAAAGUGGGAAAGAACGAGCAGAUUGGAAAAUUAUUUUUGGGGUGCCGAGCCUCAGGAAACGCUUUGCGCCAUUGGUCCGACAUGCUGGCUCAUCCCCGACGACCCAUUGCGCAAUGGCACAAGCUCCAGGAGGCAGACGAGGUGGACAAAGUUCUUGAGCUCAAAAGGAACCUAAAACCAUCUCUUCUCAGAAGUUUACCCUAAUAAAUGCAUGUUCUGAGGCAUCUCCAUCGUACAUUGCUGGAUGGUUACUAUAGAGACUGCGUAUGUCUAGGAUUGAUUGCAGCAAAGCUGGAUAAUAUAUGGAGUUUGCUUUAUUGGGAGAUUCCAUCACAGAGAUCUUCUCUACCUCCCAGGGACCGUUAUGGUACGAUCAAUGGCCAAGGGGCCAGAUAAUUGAAUUUGGACUGAUUUGGCCAGACACAAAGGUGGCCAUUUUGUGCAAAGAUCCACUCGAUUGGUGACCUCUCCAAAAGAGCGGCUCUAUAAGUGUAUGGCCGGCAUUAGAGAUGAGGGUGCUCCAGUGAAUAUCUAGUCUAUAAGAGUGGGUACCUUGCUGUUAUCUAACAUAAGGAGAUCGCAGGGCAGUCUUGGCUUCCCCUGAUGAAAUAUUAGAAGGGUAGACAUUAGUAAUGUGUAAAUCGGCAUAUAUAUGGCCCAUAGCUGCACCCUGUGAACCCCGACCCAACGUGUCCUGUAAACUUGUAUUAGAACUGCCCAGGGUUGGACUGGGGGGUGCAGGGCCCACCGGGGCUUCUGCCUCAGGGGCCCCUGCACCCCUCAAUGACCCUGCUGCCUUCACAACCCCCCCGCCAUGCAGAGGCCCCCAACACCCUCCGUCCCCCUCCCUCAAGCACUUCUAAGAGAAACUUAUCUGCAGCGCGUUGGGGGAGGGAGACGGCAGAUCAUGGGAGUGCCCUGGAGGGAAUCAGAUCUGGGCGGUCCAGUCCGAAGCUGGAACUGCCCCCUCCUCACUGGCGGGGUUGGGGCAGGCCCAAUGUCUGUAGACCAGGGGGUGAGGGGUUAAAGUCACUAGAGGAAAGGGUUAAGCCUCCCAUCUGCCAGUGACCCAUUACAGGAGCAAUUUGAUGUCCUGAACCUGCCUGGAACCUGGAUAAACCUGCAAGUCCCUACGGAUAUUUGGCCGGCCUUCUCACCACUAAUAAUGGGUCCCGUACCUCUAUAUACAGGUACGGGACCCAUUAUCCGGAAACCCAUUAUCCAGAAAGCCCCGAAUUACGGGAAGCCCAUCUCCCAUAGACUCCAUUAUAAUCAAAUAAUUAAAAAUGUAAAAAACAAUUCCUUUUUUCUCUGUAAUAAUAAAACAGUUCCUUGUACUUGAUCCCAACUAAGAUAUAAUGAUUCCUUAUUGAAGACAAAACAAGGCAUGGUGAUCCAAAAUACAGAAGGACCUCUUAUCCAUAAAUGUCCCAAACAUUGUGGAUAACAGGUCCCAUAGCUGUAGUGCUAUUUAGUUAUUCAGUGCUUGGUUUCAUGCAAUGGUUGCCAAGGGCAUUAAACAUCAUUAUAUUCACCCUUGAUUACAGCGCAAUAAAUUGUAAAUAUAUAACUAUGAGCGGUCACCCAUGAUUUGCCAUCACUUCUUGCAAUCAAAAUGACAAACGUACAGUAUAAUAUUAACAGUUAUAUAGGGCGAGGAGGCCCCAGGAAGAUUAAAUAGCUCAGAUUAAAUACAACAAAUUACUUCUUAUUGAAAAGGAUCUCUUGCAACUUUUUUUAAUUGGGGGAAGGAAUAGAGGCAGAGGGUUUAUGUCCCCUUUAUUCUCUUGCCCUGUAUGUAACGUACCAAGUAGCAGCUCAUGUAAUGAACAAGGAAGAGCCAAUGUGUGGGUGGAGAUGCCCCAGCCUCAGCGCAGCCGCGGGUUAUUUAAAUUAUAAUAAAUCUGUGAUUGUAAAUGUUCUGUAUGUUUGAUUUUCCUUUCAUUCUGUAUAAUGUUAGAUAAAUAAAUAUAAAUGUUUGUAUCUCUCAA